CUCUAUGUUUGUUCUCGCGACCCUAUUUCUGGACGACGGUCCACCGCCCCCGCCUGCGAGGUGAUCCAAGAGACACUUGGAGACGGCUGCCGCGAAACCCAUCCCACCAAAGAAGCGGAUGAAGGCUACCGGAAGCUCCGAUGUGACUACCUCUAAGGUGCAGCGGCAAUCGAAGAGCACAGCGGCACCGGUUAAGACCGAAACUCCAGCUGCAAAGACCCUGACUCGGGUUAACAACACUGCUCCGAAAGAAGUCGCUACUCGUCCUCGUUCGGCACGAGUCAUCAAGGCCGCUGCAUCGCAUCUCAAGGCUGAAAGUGCUGCUUCGGGAGUAGCCACAGUCCGAUCUCGUUCGGGACGGCCCAUCAAGGUGCCCACUUCGUUGCAGCCCCAGGCUGACACUGUCGCUUCGGGGGUAGCCGAUGCUCGUCCUCGUUCGGGACGGAACAUCGAUACCAGCUCAACCCGGAAAGCGCCUCGCGGGCAGCAUGUCAAGGCCGUCCCGAGGAAGCCAGUGGCCUUACCAGAGCCAGAGAUCGAAUGCGCGAUCUGUUUGGAGUCCAUGCGGCCGGCGAACUUUCCGGCGAAGCUGACUUCCACCUGCAACCACUCGCCCACUAGUUGCGGCGACUGCGUGCGCAACCUCCUUACCGAGGCUUUCGCCGGCAAGGAAUGGGUUCUCCCAGCGUGUCCGGAUUGCUCUGCCGAGUUCACGUCCAGCGAAAUUCGGCUCCUCGGCACCGCCGAACAGGCGGAGACAUUCGAGUGGCGGUUGACGAGCCAGUUUCUGCGAACACUGGAGGAGUACCGCAGCUGCCUCGAUCCCGAGUGCGACGCGGGGCAGAUCCACGCGGGCGGCGACGACACGCCCAUCGUCACCUGCGACGCCUGCGGGUUCCAGCAGUGCUACUCGCACAACAUGCCGUGGCAUGCGGACCUGACGUGCGCGCAGUACGAUGAGCGCGAGCACCACCAGCGGCUCGAGGAGAACAAAGCCUCCGAAGAACUGGUGAAGCAAACUGCGCAGCGCUGCCCCGGUUGCAGCAUCACCGUCACGAAGAUCGAUGGCUGCGAUCAUAUGACGUGCCAACGAUGCAAGACCGGCUUCUGCUACCUGUGCGUGGCGUUGUACGCCGGGAAAAACGGGUAUAUCACGUGGGAAACGGUGCCCACAAAGAAUCGUGUCCGUACUACGCCCGGUACGACCCUCACGCCCGAUAUGACCCUCACACCGGGCACGAUCGCACCCACGACCGCAACUAGUAACAGCGCCACGGUCAUAUAACGCUCUCGUAUGCGUAUAUAAACCUGGGGCAGGAGGCGUACUCGGGGGACGACGUUCGAAGACAGCUGCGUGCUGAGACAUAUGGGAUGGAUGGUGGCUAGAAGGAGGAAUUGCGGGCGGGCUUCAAAUAAGCUUUAGUCCAGUAUCUCGGUGUUAACUAUCAUUAGCUGUGAGACAAUUGCGUUUAUUUCCAUACAUAUCGUUUGUUUCUUGUAUGUACCCGGUCGUGGCGGCCGGCAGUUCCUUAUUACUUCAUUCAUCUUGUUUACGAUAUCUCCUAGGCUAGUUAUUUUCACCUUGCAUACUCUGCUCUACUCUAGGCCACUUAUUGUUAUCUCACCUGCUUCAUUAAUUCCCACACGCCGCGACGAUACCAGUCGCGGAUAAGAACCUUCAAGUUGGAUAAGAGUCAAGACCACAUUCGUACCCGUGCCAGCGCCCGUGCCAGUGCCCGUGCCAGUGCCA